AUGUCAUUCUCCAACAUCUACACCCACCGCAAGGUCGCGGAAACGGCGGCCAAGGGCUGCGAUGUCUGCUACCGUGCUACAAGUAGCGUCCUGGUCGCUCCCGAGAACAAGGACUUUUUCUACGUUUGCCCCAGCCAUCUGAAAGACAAGAACUUCUGCUCCCCUAUCAUCGACAAAGAGGCCAUCGAAGCGAAGAAGAAGAAGGCUCUCGAGGACGAGGUUGCGCGUGUGAAGAAGGAGUACGAGGACAAACAGAAGAAGAAGAAGGAAAAAGAAGAGAAGGAAAAGGAGAAAGACAAAGACAAGGAGAAAGAGAAAGAGAAAGACAAAGACGACAAAAAGACAGAGGAUGAGAAGGAGGACAGUGCCAAGGCAAGCUCUUUGAUAUCCCGCUUAUUGCUUCUUGGGUCCUUCAGAUGA